AUGACUCUCACAUCAAUAUAUUUCCAGUUUUACCCUACAUCUCCGAAUGGCAUGGCCGUGACUGAUAACAAGCUGGCUGAUCCGUUGAAAGCUCGGCUACUUUUAACGUUUGGUGGUCCUCUCGGUUUACAUCGUCUUUAUUUGAGUCAGAUAUCGGAAGCUUUCAUAUACUUGUCAACCUGUGGAUUAUUGUUUCUGGGAGUUCUUUAUGAUGUUUUUGUCGUUCAUUCAUUGGUGAAUAAGUAUAACGAUAAUCUACAGCGAGGUCAUGAGGAAUUCCAAAAGUUCAAAAAUGGCAGACUGCAGCCCACAGUUUCGAAACAUGUUAAAUGCUCAGUAGAGGCUUUCAUCACGUCUACACUAUACUCAAUGUGGCUAGGAUGGCUUUGUUGGCUAGCUGUGUCAAUUGUACUAAGAACUCAAGCCGUGGAUAACAUUUUCAUUCUAUCCUCAGUUUCUAUAGCAGUGAGCUCAGGUAUAUAUAUUUGUGGAAACCGGGGAAACCAAACGCGGAAUUUGCUGUAUGUAUGGAUCUCAACGUUUUCGGCAGCAUUUCUAAGUAAAUUUCUUUAUGGCUCCAUUCUGAAGACGUUGUUCAUAUCUUCCUUGAUAGGAACAAUUGUUGGUAAUCGAACUGCUAAAGUGCGCUUGCCUCAGGAAAAGUCGGUGAAUGUCCGACAUUUUAUUUUCUGGUCCUCUUUGUUUCUUCUACUUAUUUGUAUAAUAACCACUUCCAGCACUCGUCAUAUCCUCGAACAAAAAGUCUCAUCUUCUCGAGGUAGCUCUACAGUUGUGACCUCAGUGGGCUCUCUGGUGUACGAUCGGUUUUUCGAGCAUCAUCGUGUGACAGACUUUUUUCGGACUAUGCCUCGUAUAGAUUACAAAAGAGUGCCAGUUCAAUCUAUAUCUGUUGAUGAUUGGUGGGGUCUUGACGUUUUCUCUCAUACUCCCGCUUGGGCAGAUUAUGUAGCAGUUUUCAUUGUAGACUUGCUGCGAGCAGAGACUCGCUUGUUGGAAACAAGAUCCUUUGAUGUCGAGCCACUUCGGUGGGCGUGUUGGAGAAUGUUUCUAUUAACACAUUUCGAUGUACCACCCGGCACAUCGGAUAACACUUUGGCGAAGCUGUGUAUCAUCAAGACAGGAUCUCGUGAGAAGUCAGACGAUGAUGACUACUUGAAUAAGUCAAUUGAUACCGCUUGUGACUUGAUACAAAUUUUUAUAAACUCUUAA